GCGGGCUGAGGCUGUGCAGCCGCAGUCAGCGCUCGGCCAUGGGGAAGGUGCAGCUCUUCGAGAUCAGCCUGAGGGACAGCCGGGUGAUCUACAGCCCCGGGGAGUCCCUGUGCGGGACUGUCACCAUCAGGACCACCGCGGCCCUGCCCUACAAGACCAUCAAGGUGAACUGUGUCGGCUCAUGUGGGGUCUCUAACAAAGUGAAUGAGACAUCCUGGAACGUAGAAGAACCGUACUUCAAUGGGACGUUGUCGAUGGCUGAUAAAGGGACGCUGCAGCCCGGAGAGCACACCUUCCCUUUCCAGUUUCUGUUGCCAGAUUCAGCACCCACCUCCUUCGAGGGGCCGUUCGGAAAGGUGCUUUACCAGGUGAAGGCCGUUAUAGAAACGCGGAGACUUUCCAAAGAUUACAGAAGCAGCAAGCAGUUCUACAUCCUGAGGCCCCUGGACCUGAAUGAAAUCCCGGAUAUCGAGCAAUUAAGCUGCGCCACCGCCACCAAGAAGUUUAACUACAAGCUGGUGAAAUCGGGGCAACUUUUACUGAGUGUGACCUCCGACCUCCGGGGCUAUAUAGUGGGGCAACCUAUUAAAAUUCACACAGAGUUAGAGAAUAAAUCGGGCCGGGACACUGGAGCCAUUGUGGCGAGCCUUAUUCAGAAAGUCGCUUAUAGAUCGAAGCGUUCCAUCUAUGACCUGAGGACCAUCGCAGAGGUGGAGGGGGCAGCGGUAAAGGCCUGGAAGCAUGCGGUUUGGGACGAGCAGAUUCUAGUGCCUGCCCUUCCUCAGUCCAUCCUACAAGGCUGUAACCUCAUCCAGAUCGAAUAUUAUCUCCAGGUCACGUUGAAAAGCCCGGAGGUCUCAGUCACAUUACCCAUCUACAUCGGAAACGUACCAGUCAACCUGUCUCGACUAGGUUUAAGACACUCCAUAUCGCACGUCCCAGCGCCCAUUGUUCCCAGCGCGCCUCCUGCCGACUAUGAGCAGUGCAGUAGCACCCAGCCGAUGGACAAUGUCUCUAUUCCCACCAAGUGCCACUCGCAGCAACAGUCGAACGCCCCCUUCUGCUACGCGCCCGAACUGAACUUUACAGACUCCCGGGAGACCGAGGCAGGAACUCUGGGAUCCCCCUCACACCCGACCCUCUGCCUGUCUACAGGCGCCACUGUCCCCUACUAUGCCGAGGGAGCGGUUGUUCCAGUUCCUACAGCCAGCAUGCUGAUUCUACCCCCGGAGUAUAGCACAUGGGGUUAUCCCUACGAUGCGCCCCCAUCGUACGAGCAGAGCUGCAAUGAAGCGACAGUCAGUAACGGCAACUGAGUGGUCACCGGUCACGUACGAGACACUCCGACGUUUGGACUAUUUUAUUUUUAAAGGGGAGGUAUUUUAUCAGUGAACUUACCCCCUCCCCCGAUCACUGCAGCUGGACUUGGCAUUUAAGGAGACGCUCGCACUCUCGGCCUGUCGUACGUCUAUGGAAGACCUUAAGUUAUAGAUUUCUAAGCACCCGUGAUGCCUUAUUUUUAAAAAAAUGAACUUCGGAGUCAGUGCUUUUGGAACCUGCGGCUCCUCUACU